ACCGAGACCAAAUCAUAUGUUUUGAAAUAAUUCGGCCCGUGUUUCUUUCGGAUGGAUGUGUGCCAAUUGAUUGAUUAAUUCAUAUAUUUUUGGCCGCUCAUUGAGAUCAUAAGCCAGACUUUGAUUCCGACGCCGAACGAUAAGAUAAAGAACGAGCUCUUUGCUCUUCUCGCCGAAUUUCCGUUUCCCUUUCUGUUUUAAAUUCAUAAUUAGAUCAGGCCCACAAGCAGAAAAGCAUGUCGGAGGAAAAGAAGACAGCGGCUCCGGCCACCAGCCCUGUCAAGUACUUCCUGUCGGGAGGCUUCGGCGGUAUUUGCACCGUGGUCGCUGGACACCCGCUGGACACAAUCAAAGUCCGUCUUCAGACAAUGCCAAGGCCGAAGCCUGGUGAGGCCCCUCUUUAUGCAGGAACCCUCGACUGCGCAAAAAAGACCGUCCAGCGUGAAGGAUUCAAAGGCCUUUACAAGGGUAUGGCUGCCCCCAUUACCGGUGUUGCCCCAAUUUUUGCCUUGAGCUUCUUCGGUUUCGGAGUUGGCAAAAGACUGCAGCAGAACUCGCCAGACGAGCAACUGACGCAGGCCCAGUUGUUCUACGCUGGAGCCUUUUCAGGAAUUUUCACCACCUCCAUUAUGGCUCCAGGCGAGAGAAUCAAGUGCCUUCUCCAGAUCCAGCAGGGCGGAACUGCCCCGCAAAAGUACAACGGUCCUGUGGACUGUGCCAAGCAGUUGUACAGGGAGGGAGGAAUUCGUAGCAUCUACAAAGGCACCAUGGCCACACUUUUGAGAGAUGUGCCAGCAAGUGGAAUGUAUUUCAUGACCUACGAGUGGCUGCAGAGAGUUCUCACCCCUGAGGGACAGGAGCCAGGCAAAAUCGGCCUGAUGAGGACCAUAUUUGCCGGCGGCAUGGCCGGAAUUUUCAACUGGUUGGUUGCGAUCCCAGCUGACGUGCUCAAGAGCCGCUUGCAAACGGCUCCGGAAGGAACAUAUCCCAGGGGUGUGAGAGACGUGUUUGCCAAGCUGAUGCGAGAAGAGGGUCUUUCAGCCCUUUACCGAGGCUGCACUCCCGUCAUGCUCAGGGCCUUCCCUGCCAAUGCUGCCUGCUUCAUGGGCUUCGAAGCCUGCAUGAAGUUCCUCAAUUAUGCGGCACCUAAUUUGUGAAGAGUCACUUGCUGUAUAAUUAUUAUUUUGCCACAAAUUAUUUGGAUUGAUAAAUAUUAUAUAUUUUGGUUUUGUUUAUAAGCAAAGUUUUUGUAAAACAUUAGGGAUCGGCCUGUACUAGACGUUAAAUUUUGUAUAGCCUUUGCAAGACUGAUCAUGAUCACAAAACGCCAGCGAUAAUGACCUUUUAGGGCCACGAAAUAAAUUCUUUGUUGUUUUUAUGUA